AUGUAUAUAAGGAGGCAGACGCAUUGCCGGAGUCACAUCGCCCUGUUCCGUCUCACCAAUCCUGCAGAGAUGAAGUACUUGGUGUUUGUGCUCCUGGUGGCUGCCGCUUGCGCUUCUGAGGUGGAGAAGCGAGAGGCGGAGCCAAGUCGUGCUUUAAACUAUAACUACGCUUACCCCCGCACCUACUACCACCCCUACCACCAUUUCCACAAGAGGUCCGCUGAGGCCGAAGCCGAACCUUCUUACCGAGGUUACUACCAUCCCUAUUCCUAUAGCUACCACAACACUCCCUAUGUCCACCACCACUACAAGAGAUCCGCUGAGCCCGAAGCCGAAGCUGAGCCCUCUUACCGAGGUUACUACCAUCCCCAUACCUACAGCUACCACAACACUCCCUAUGUCCACCACCACUACAAGAGGUCCGCCGAACCUGAGGCCGAAGCCGAGCCCUCUUACGGUUCCUCCAACUACUACCGCCCCUAUUCCUACGGCUACCAACCACACCACUACAUUCCCUCCGUCCACCACCACCACAAGAGGUCUGCUGACCCCGUUGCUGAGGCUGAAGCCAGCUACGGUUACAGGUCAUACCAGCCCGUGUAUUACCACUCCUACCAACACACCCCUUACACUCAUAGCCACUACAAGAGAUCUGCCGAGCCAGAAGCUGAUCCUAGUGUCAGCUAUGGUCACCACCACCAGACCGUGUACCGUCCCUACCAUAGCGGAGCUCACUAUGGUUACGGUUACCGCGCUCACCACCACUAA